AGAGGACCAGUUGGCUGCAGUCAACUCCCAUGCAGGCACCCUGAAAAUAAAUUGACUUGGGUCCUAGGAACCUGGUGAGUGUUAUCGCUAUUGAAUUAGAUUUGCCCACAAAAAGGAAAGACAAAUUUGCACUCUCUAGUAUGCUGCAUGAUUUGAUUUUAGGAAGUGGGUAUGUGUGGGUUGCCAUAUUUCAAGAAGGAAAAAUCUGGACACCAAAGUUGUUGAGCACUUGUUUGUUCUGUUUGCAAAAACCCAGACAUUUUGCCGAUUUAAAACAAAUCCCCCCAGGAUGGUAAUGUUGCACUUGGAAUCCCGGACAUGUCCGGGACAAAACUGACAAAUGGCAACCUUUUGUGGGUGUGUAUCACUAAUAUCACUUUUUUAAAAGUGAUGCUGCUUUACUUAAUUAGUCUAGGAGUACCCUCCAUUUCUUUAACGGAUGUAUGCAGUGGUCAGUCACUACAAAAAAAUGAGAAAUUGGCUAUCAUUUGCAAGCCAUUGAUCUGGUAUAUGGUAAUUACGCAACAUUAUUUAUUAAUUCAUUUAUUUUAUUUAUUGCAUCCAUAUCCAACCUUUUCUCCAAGGAGCUCAAGGAGGUGUACGUGGUUCUCUGCUUCCUCAUUUAAUUCCCACAACAGCCCUAUGAGGUAGGUCAGGUUAAGAGGCAGCGGCUGACACAAGGUCUCACCCAGUGAGCUUCAUGUCCAAGUAGGGAUUUGAACCCAGGUCUCCCAGGCCUAGUCCAACACUCUAACCACUACACCACACUGACUCUCUCAUUUAGAAAGAAUAAACAAACAUAAUGAGGCCUCUAAAUUUCAUGCAGAAGUCCAUCCUGGGAGAGGAUAGCCUUUUAGUAGUGAAAGAGAAUUAUUGAAUUGUCUAAUAAUCCAGCUUUGGUGCUCAGACCAUGUUCCCAAUGAUCUUCACAGCUGCCUUAAUAAGUUCUAUCAAUUGUUGUUCUUGAUCAUCUCAAAUUGUUUUCAUUCUAUUUUUCAUUCUGCAUUGCUCAGGUGGAAAAACAGCUACCACCCAUCCCCAGGCUUUCUCAAUAGAAGAUUAUUGGACCUUGUAGUUGUGAUCUGUUUCGUAUGGUUUGAAAAGGAUUGGGCAAGAACACAACAGCUUUCUUGGGAGGAGCAGCUACAACGCCCUACAACUAUUUUUCUCUUCCUUUGGGCUGGGAACCUGGAGUCACACAAGAGUAUAUUAGUUCAUGCACAACCCAGAAAAAUUAAUCAGGUUGUGCUCAGUUGAGAAAGUGGCUGUUUUGAACGCUGUACGGUAAGAUCAGUAUUAUUUCAGGUUUAAAGGGUUAAUUCAGAAAGGAAAUGUCCUAAAUAUGCAACAUUGCAUUUAACUUUCUUAUUAGCUUUCUUAACUGAGGUUGUAACUGUGUUAGGGGUAAACUGUAGUUUCCAGUAAACAUUGGAGGAAAUUGCUAUAAAAGCACAGCUUGGGUGUGAGUAUUCUACUGGAUAUUUUUACUUACCUGGGAGGAAGGUGGUCAAAGCCACAUAGAUGCAAAGGUGCAAAUGAUCUGAAAUAAAUCAGACAGAAUAAAUAAUAAUUUGGAGCAAAUAUCAGAGCUGGAAAUGUGAAUUUCAGCUAUCUACAGGCUGUAUUAUUUGUUUAUUUUGCAACAUUUAUAUACCUCUUGAUUUUAAUAAAACCUCAAAGUGGUAUAUACCAUGGUCCUUUUGUAUGUAUGAACUCCCUGCAGAACAAUAUUACUGCCUUAGUUCAUAAUUCAGCAGAUGAGAACAGAGUUUUAGGAUUUGAAUCUAAGAAAAUUACAGGUAAUUAAGAGCCAAUGGGUACUGCAUCAGGAUGCGGCACUUAGGAAACCAGGAGGAACUGAAGAAGCCUAUUGUGCACAUGUGUAAAUGUUCAAUUACUAAUUUCCAAAUAGAAUUUAAUCAUUACACAAAAUGUGUAAUGUGUAGUCAUUACACAAGGCUGUCAGUAUAUUGUUGAUGGUGGUAUGUACAUGAGAGUAGAGGACAAGCUCCUGGUGAAAUGUGAUGGUAGAAAAAUAUGACCUGUCAUCACACAGCAAUGAUAUAACUCAAGAGCUUUCCAGACUGUGUGUUGCGGCACAUUUGUGUGUCAGCUACAGUGUGUAGGUGUGUCAUGAGAAUGCUCCCCGCACUCCUCCUGGGGCUGGAAAGGGGUUAGUUUAACCUCCGGUUUGCUAGUAAAACUGAAUUAUUGUAUUGCAAAAUGAUGCAUGUCUAAAAUGUGUGUCACCAACAUGAAAAGUUGGGAAAGCUCUGAUAGAACUGCUUCUGUCCCUCUGUGCUGUUGCUUGCCCACUUCUCUUACCUGCUUGGAUAAAUGAGAUUCCAGGAGUGCUAUUAAGCAAGUUCAUAAAGGGAAUAUGCCAACAGGAUCAUGGUGGGAAUGGGUUGGGGAUAUUUGUUUAUUCUAUUUCAUAAAAUUUAUAUACUGCUUGAUUGAAAAAACAAAAAACCCGAAGUGGUUUACAAAAGAUAUAACACGCGAAAGUUAAAAUACUAAAGCAGAUUUAAAUUAUCUCAAUUUUCUAAGCAUCUGGGUAGGCUUGUCUAAACAGGAAUGUUUUUAGCAGGCGCUGGGGGAGAAGAGUACAGUGAAGGCGCCUGCUUGAGCUCAAUAGGCAGGGAGUUCCAAAGGGUAUACGCUGCCACAGUAAAUGAUGAAGUUCUUACAUAUGCGGAACGGGUUUUAUGUGACACCUUUGGAAGUGCUAGUUCCGCUGAUCAAAGGGAUUGAGUGGGCACAUGGUUGUAUUUUCUUCCAUUGCAUCAUGUGUUUUGAAAGAGGCACACCCAGGUUUCAGGAUUGCAACCCUGAGUACUCGACACGUUAAAAAGUUUCUUCCUGAGGGGUCCAGGUUGCCAUCAGAGUUAUGUGUGUCUGUGUGUGUGUCUGAAUGCCUGGUGAGAAAUCAAAACGAAUAGUUGACCUUUACAUGUCACAAUAAACCAUGGUUUACUAUGAAUAAGCCAGUCUUGUCUACUUUGCUCUUCCCUGCUGGCAUGUCAGAGAAACAAAUCACAUACGCAAAAAUGGCGAAACUUACCAGAAGAAUAAGAAAUCAAGGUAACAAACUUUUUAUAAACGAAUGGAACUGGUUUCUUGAAUAUUUACAGAUAAAUUGCAAACAGAUAAAAAGAUUAGCAGGAUUGUUGUAAUAACCUGCAGUUUCAUGACAGUAUAUAUUUAAAGUAGAUAAUUAAAUGAGCAAAUUAAAUGAAUUUGGAUAUGCAGAGGAUGUUAAAAAAUAAAUUUAAGGAACUGCAGAAAGAGGGUGAAGGAAGUCAAAGUUUGAAAUGUUAAAUUGAUUGUAAAACUAAUGAAAUGUAUAAAUAGAAACUGGGCAUCAUGGUUUGUUUCACUCUGUAGCUAAGGUGUGAAGCUGAGGCUCAUUAAUUGUGCUUUGUUUGAGCAGAACAAACACCAAGCCUCUAUUUGGACAUAAUUUGGAUCAUAGUUUGUUAUGUGUUAGUGGGAAGGAACUGCAAGCAGUUUUGGCACAUUUACAGUAACCCAUCAACCAUGGUUUACCAUGACAUGCCAACUGGGCUAAUUGUGAAUGCCUAGUGAUCUCCUUGAGGCCUUCACCUCCCUUCUGAAGCCCACCUCAGCCAAUGUUUCCCUUCAGGAAAAUGUUAUUCACUUGGGGACUGCUUACCUGCAUCCCAUUAUGGAACAGGCUAUUGUGAAAAGCCUCUGGAGUUAUGCCAUGGAUUCAUGUGACUGCUGACUCACUCUAAAACGCUAUCAGCAGACUUCCAAGCGCAGAUAAGAUCAGCUGUUGCAUCUUUUUAAUUAUAUUUUAAGUUGAUUUGAGUAGGCUGGCCAUUUAAAAAAUACAUGUAUCUAUACUAAACUUGGGAGUGCAGGUGUCAGAACACAAUGAGUCAGUUUAAGGAGCUGCUUUGAUUUAAGCAGGGGUUGAGCAAGAACAUGGUCAUGUGCUGAACAUUGUUUUUGGGUUUCCUUCAUAGCUCGAUACUUUAAUUCACUGCUUCUUGCCUUUCCUGUUGCCUGAAAGGCACUAGGAGGUUCUCCAAGAAUAUACUGGCAUUCUCUUUUCCAAGCCAAGGCCAUCUGCAGGCAUUGAGAAAAGCAACAUUAUUCUGCACAUGGGUAAUUGCUAAUCUCAGGCUACUAUUCUACACUGAGGUACUAGGGUACCUGCAUCCCCAUCAGUUCUUGCCUAACUGAAGGGAGAUAAAAAAAUAAAACAGAAUGUGGCAGUCAGAUGUCUGUGAUGCAAUACUUGUUUGCUGAUUUGGCAUGGAAAUUACCAUUUCACAAGGACUUUUGCAUGGGCAUGGGUUGAAGAUAAGGUGCUCCAAAGCACACAGUGCAAAAAUAAAAAUAAAAAAUUAGGACACAGGUGGGCUAGGAGCAGCCAAGUCAAGCCCUGCCACCUCCCUCCACUGCCAGUGGAUCAGCCAUCAACCGGCCAGUGGGUGGGAAUAGUAAUAUUCCCAUCCCAUGUUGCAAAGCAGCUCAGGGACAGCAGUUGGUUUUGGGCCUGCAUCAAGAGUGAUGUUGGUGGCUUCCGGGGCUCCUGAACCACCCAAGAUAGCUGUUCCCAUGUUGUUAAUCUCCCUGCCUGCCCCAGCAUAUCCUAUGUAACCUUAUUGUCCGCCUCAUGGCUGAACAGCUGGGCAAUGACUAUGUCUAUGUGUGUUUGUGUAUGUAUGUGUGUGUGAGAGAGAGAGAGAAUGUGAGUGUUUGUGAGGUGGAAGGGUGUGCCAGGGAGGACGGGAGGAAUUUUUAAUACCAUUUUUAAUAUAUAUUUUUUUAAAUAUAAUAUCUGGAAUCUCUAUAAAAUAAAUAACAGCAUAUCUUAUUUGGAAAAAAAACCCUCAUUUGUUUAUCAGUUUUAGCAUUUUUUUAUUCUACUAUUUAAGAUUUUCAUAACAAAACAUUUGUUAGUGUCGUUGACAAAGAUCAUUCUCAUAACUCACUAGUGUUGUAACCAAAGCACGACCACCUCCAUCUUUGUUAUAACUGAAGCAGGACUACCACCAUCUUGUUGCAGGUUGACACCAUAAUCAUGUAUCCUCUUUGUGAUUAUGCUGAAAUGCAAGCUUAAGACAGGGAAAGAGAAAGUGCAAGACACAAGGAAAGUGUAAAGGAAAGUUUUAAGAGCGUGCAAGGGCAUGAGCUUUAAAACAUGGGUAUAAACAGGAAAAUGCCUAGCUAACUGAGGUUGGAAACAUCCGUCUUUGUGGUUAAGCUGGGGGUAAGCCUUUAUCACUGGGUGUCUUGCAUGUCUAUUCUGUAUGAAUAUAAAAUGUCUGUGCCCCCAAUUUGGGCAAAAGAUUCCUGCAUUGCAGGGGAUUGAACUAGAUGAUCCUCGUGGUCCCUUCCAACUCUACAGUUCUAUGAUUUUAUGAAAAGCUGUAUGUAAACAGAGAUCAGGGCCCAGCCUCUGUUCGCCUUCUCUGAUCGCUUGCUGCAACCUUUCCUGUUUGAGCAAGAAAUAAAACUGCCUUUAGCGGAGAAUUCUCGGGUGACACUCGUCAUUGCUGGUAAGUGCUUUAAAUCAGCAUAAUACCCUAUUUCCUUUCGAAAUGAAUAUCUAAAUUAGUUUGAUUACUUUUAGGAUUAGUUUUUAAUCGUGUACAGAAACAAGAAAGGGAAAGGCAAACCACAGUAUUUGAAUAUAUUAUAUAUUCAUAUAUAUGAGAGAGAAUAUCUUUCCCUAAAAGAAUUCUGGGCACUGUAGUUUACCGCUUGCAAAGUUACAAUUCCCAGCAACGUUUAACGAACUACAGUGCCCAGAAUUCUCUGGGGGAAAGAAUGUGCUUUAUAGCAUGUACACGGUCUGUUUUCUUUCCCACAGGUCAUCAUGUCUUCUAUUAAAAUCGAGACUGUUGUGAAGCAGAAGAACAGGAUGGGGGAGUGCCCUACAUGGGAAGAAAGGGAGAAUUCCCUUGUAUACGUAGACAUCAAUUCACAGAAAGUUUGCCGCUGGAACUCAGUCACCAACGAAGUUCAGUGUGCGUCUGUGGGUAAGGAAAUAGUGUUUUUCCUUUUAUUUUGUGGAAUUGUUUUGGCCUGGGAGAAAACUCCUGAGGCAUGACUUUCUCAGCCAAGGAUUUUGAGAGUGAGGCAGAUGCUUCGCACGGUCUUUCUUAGGGCUGAACAAGAUCUCACCAAAAAUCCAGGCCCCCUUCAGACCCGUGUUGUUUUGCGAUCUUUCCUCAGUGUUACCACAUUAUUGUCCAUUUGGAUGGCGGAAUAGAUUUCAUCAGAGAGAUGGAAAAGGGGUUAAAUUGGCUUGCUUUGGCCUUGUGCUAUAAGCACAAAAGCCCUGGAGUGGGGGUGGGGUAACGCAGCCUCUUUAUUUUGCAUUGUGCUCAUGAUGAUAUUGGGACAAUUAUAUGUGAUCGUGCUCUCAAUACUGUGUGUGCCUGCAAAUGUUUUGGGCGGGCAGCCUACCACUUUGUUUCCAGUCAGUGCACAUCUUGUAGUAAUAAUAAUAAUAAUGAUAAUAAUUUAUUAUUUAUACUCCGCCCAUCUGUCUGGGUUUCCCCAGUCACUCUGGGUGUAACCCAACAGAAUAUUAAAAACAUGAUAAAACAUCAAACAUUAAAAACUUCCCUAAACAGGGCUGCCUUCAGAUGUUUUCUAAAAGUCAAAUGGUUGUUUAUUUCCUUGACAUUAGAUGGGAGGGCAUUCCACAGGGAGGCCGCCACGACCGAGUAGGCCCUCUGCCUGGUCCCUGCAACCUUGUUUCUCGCAGUGAGGGAACCGCCAGAAGGCCCUCAGAGCUGGACCUCAGUGUCCGGGCUGAAGGAUGGGGGUGGAAACGCUCCUUCAGGUAUACGGGGCCGAGGCCAUUUAGGGCUUUAAAGGUCAGCACCAACACUUUGAAUUGUGCUCAGAAACAUAACUUCCUCAAGUCCCAUUGUGCAACAGUGCCAGAGUGCUCCUGCAAAUAGCAAUAAUGCAGUAACACAGGGGAAGCAUAACAACUACUGGAGUGGUAUGAUAUGUGAAUGGUCCAGUACAAAUCCAUCACUAAUGCAGAGUUAUUGCGACCAUGACAUGUUGCAGACUUGCCAUGCCAAAACAAACCCAAGUCUGGAAUGGGAUUUGUGGAAUGGACACUUAAUAUAGUUUGAGUUUAUUGCUCCAUUGUCUCCAAUCACAUGCUGGCUGCAGAGAUGGGAAUUGUGGCCCAAAGCUUCUGGAGAGGCCGACAGUGUCUAUUCCCCAAACAGGCUUCAUUUCUGCAUGGGAGCACUUCUUCAUCAAGGGUGCUCAGUGUGUUGUGCCCUGGUUUGUAAACUUGCCUGUUCUUUCCCUACCUGCAGAUGCUCGUGUUGGCUCAGUAGCCCUUCGCAAGUGUGGCGGCUACGUGAUCGCUUUAGGAAGAAAGUUUGCUUUCUUGAACUGGGAAGAUCAAGUAGUCACUGAUAUUUCUGAAGUGGAACAGGAUAAACCAAACAACCGAUUCAAUGAUGGAAAAGUAGACCCAAGGGGUUCUUUUUUUGCAGGUAUAUAUUUGAUCUGAACGCAAUUGUAUGUAUGUUUAGAUAGCCCUAAUGAGUUGGAAUGUGUCUAGAAAUUCAUGAAACUGAUUAAUCUAUAUUAAUACAUUUGUGUAUACAAUAAUGGUCUCUAAAAUAUUGCAUCAUAGUAGUACUAUAGUAGCAGGGUAGACAUAGGGUGGUAUACAAAUUUAAGAAAUAACAAUAAUAGUCAAUUCUACAUACAGUAUAAUGACCAGGAUUACACCCAAGUAUGCAAAUUAUUGAUGGCAACAAUCAAAAUUGCUCAAGCAGCAAAAAAAAUAAUGAAUUAGAAGUAUGAUAAUAUCCAUAAUAUAUAUGUAAAAUAAACAGCAGAGUAGUAUCCAGUCUGAGAUGUUGAAAGCUUGCUAACUUGUUUAGGGAAGUUUUUAAUAUUUAAUGCUGUAUUGUUUUUAACACUUGAUUGGAAGCCACCCAGAGUGGCUUGGGAAACUCAGCCAGAUGGGCGGGGUAUAAAUAAAUAAAUAAAUAAAUAAAUAAUCUAUUUUUGGUUGAGCCAAAUAAAAAGUAAUGGCCUCCCGUGGAUUUUGGACUAUUUAGAUAGGGUCACCUCCACUCAUUUAUGGAGAGAGAUCAUGAAUGUAAUGACUUUCAAAUAAUUGAGGUUUACCUAACAAUUCCCUGCAUUUUAAUGACAGUCUCCGUAUUAAUUUUUAUUAGAACCAAUUUCAGUAUACUAAAAGAACCGGUGAUAGGAACAAAUCCAAACGAUUAUCCGUUUACCAGUAAAACCAUCCCAGACUAUUGGAAGAGGUGCAUCAGUUUCUCUAUUCUUCAGAGGCAACUGGACAAGUGACUGAAAUAUAGAGGCAGUAAACGUCUUUUCAAACCGCUAAUGAGAAUGAAAAAUCAUUUUCUGAUCAAAGUUUAAAAGUAAAAUAGUAUUCCUCAGGAUUGUUUGUUUUUAAAAUUGCAAAUGUGGAACUGCUUACGCUUUAACUAAAACACAUGAUGUGUUACUAUAAUUCAACCUUUCAACACAGGUCUAGAAAGUAGCUAAUUAAAAAUAAAAGACCAGGGAGCCUAUCUUUUGUCUCAGCUAAAUUGGCAGGGUUUUUUAUUUUUUAAUUGUUUGAUGUAAAUUUUAAUGUUCAUAGUAAAGGCUAGAAAUCCAGCGUUAGUCAUGUUCAGAAGAGAUGCAUUGAAAUUAACAGAUUUAAGCUACUUAACCUCUUGGAAUAUCAGUAAGUAAGAAGACUGGCAGGCGGGGAGCUGGCUGAGGGCACUGUGAGGUUGGUGAUUCAUGAAAUGGAGCCGCUUCCAUUGUAUGAUGUAUGAUGUGUGUCAAGGGCUUAAAUAUACCGUAUUUUUUGCUCUAUAAGACUCACUUUUUCCCUCCUAAAAAGUAAAGGGAAAUGUGUGUGCGUCUUAUGGAGUGAAUGCAGGCUGCGCAGCUAUCCCAGAAGCCAGAACAGCAAGAGGGAUUGCUGCUUUCGCUGUGCAGCAAUCCCUCUUGCUGUUCUGGCUUCUGGGAUUCAGAAUAUUUUUUUUCUUGUUUUUCUCCUCCCAAAACUAGGUGCGUCUUGUGGUCUGGUGCAUCUUAUAGAGCGAAAAAUACAAGAUAUAUAUAUGUAUGUGUGUGUGUGUGUGUAUAUAUAUAUAUAUAUAUAUAUAUGGCUGCAAUCUUCAACACACUUGUACACAAUGGGACUUACGCCUGGGCAAACGUAGGAUUGCACUCUUCCUCCCUAAAGGCUGAUAGGAAAGCUAGGAGGUCAUUAGACAGGUGGCGUUGUGGGAGUAGUCAAGUGAUUGACCUUUGGGUGGGAUCAGUGCUAUUUGUGCAUUUUAAAGAGGCCCUUCAGUAGAGAAUUACCUGACCUGUGCCUCUGCUGACCACCCCCUAGGUACCAUGGCCGAAGAGACAGCACCUGGAGUCAGAGCAAGGCAGCAGGGGGCUCUUUAUACUCUCUUCCCUGAUUGUGGUGUCGUGAAGCAGUUAGAGAAGGUGGACAUCUCCAAUGGGCUGGACUGGUCACUCGAUCACAGGACCUUCUUUUACAUCGAUAGCCUGGCCUAUGCCGUGCAAGCCUUCGACUAUGAUGUGCGAACAGGAAUGAUUGGUAACAUUCUUCUUCAAACUGUUUAUUGCAACAGCUAAAGAAAUAAUUGGUAGUAGAUUGGUAGGCAACCCUGUCCUUUGGGGUAGCCAAUGUGAAGCCUUGCAGAUAUUGUUGGACUACAACUCCCAUCAUCCCUGACGAUUGGCUAUGCUGGUUGGAGUCCAAACUCUGGAGGAGGGUGCAACUUUAGUCACCCCUAUUACAGACUGUUCCUUUUCUUUCCAUUAUAUGCCAUAUUGUCACAUAUGGCAUUUUUCUUUACUUAAUAACAGAAAACAACUAUAUAUUGAACAGACAGAUGUUUAUUUCUCAUAAACACACACAUCUGUUUUUGGCCCUGGGAAGCAACAGUAAAGUGCUAAGGAUGUGUUAGUGUCUUAAAAUCCAACUCAGCAUGAAAAUCAAUUAUUUUGGCAUUUGAUUCUCGUCUCAACUUGUUCUUAUCUGCAGCAGACGGAAAUAUGACAUGCUCUCAGCUUAGAGCUGCAAAUUUAAGCAAAUGAGAGAUGUAAUUUGGUUAAAAAAAACAUUUUGUUGUUGUUGUUCACUGAUAUUUUGUCAUAUUUAAUGAUGUCUCACUCCUUUUGUGCACCCCCUAUUUUGUUUUCGUGUGCCAUCAUUUUCAAUUUUUUAUUAUGCCUUAGGGCCCUCAAAAUAUGGAAGUGGCUGAGGGCUCUCUGGACCUCUGAAACGGAAUGUCCCUGAUCAUUGAACAUACUGUUCAAGGCUGGGAGCAGGACCACAGGCAGUCAAAGACUUGGCCAGUUCUCACUGUGAAAUUGAGUGUGCGCGCAUGCACACACCCACACACCCCGUAACUUUUUUUUUUGCGAUUUGCAGUGUUUCUAAAAUGUGGAAAAUUUGAAAAGCACAACAGACAGUACAGUCUGCAUAAAAAUAAGCACUUGAAUGCUGAUUGCCUUAUUCUUUAUGCAGAUUGUUGCAGUUGCAGGCCUGUGUACAAGUUGGAGAAAGAGGAGGCGAUGCCUGAUGGGAUGUGCAUCGAUAGAGAAGGGAAACUCUGGGUGGCCUGUAUUGAUGGCGGACGAGUGAUCCGCAUCGACCCUGAAGCAGGUAAACGAUUAAUGAGGACUCUGCAUUUUUUGAUCCCCAAAAGGGGGGAGGGGGAGGUAGAGAUAGAAGAGAUCACAAAUGGAGCACUUUUAUUUGACUAACUCCAGUUUAGUGAUGUCUUUAAAUAUUUACAGGCAUCAUUAAAUGUCUGGAAAUACUUGUCUGGAUUAAACGCAAGGGAGAUUCUCUGCUGAUUUGGGGUCAUUAGUUCACCUUCUUCUGGAGUGAGCUGAGUCAAGACGAGUCUACAGACUAUGAGAGGCAAAUAUAGGUUGUUUUUUUAAAGGAUGUCACCCAACAGUGAACCCUAACAAAUGGCCAAUACCUGUCACCCGCAGAUAAAAAACUAUUUCAUACCAGUGUACAGGGCUUUCAAAAACAUAGUUGUGUCCCCUGUAUAUUCACCCUUUUAACAUUUAUGCUGUAUGUCCAUGCUAAAUCAUAAUGAGUGAAUUGCUCCUGAGUUAUACAUUCUUUGGUUUAUCAAGAGAUAAUUGGAUAUCACAAUAUUACUGAUAUCACAAUAUUACUGCAAAGCAGCUAAAAUGAGUGCUAUUUGGGCUAACCAUGUGGCUGUCCCUUUUAAACCUCAGGACUCUAUGCAAAUUAUUUGAAUGUUUGAUGUAUGCCUCAGAAUACCAGCCAUGCAUGUGUGUUUUGUUUGUUUGUGUGUUUUCCAAUCACUGUCAGUGAGGGAAGGGAUUUUAGGGUUCCAAUAAAAAUCAGAGCUCCUCGACCCAUUUUUUUAAUUAAAUAAAAAAUGGAUAUAUACCUGCAUGUUACACAUUUAGCAUAAUGAGGAAGUAGGUGAUCAGCAUUGAGUAACAAUUGACUUGUUAUGCCCCCCCACCCCAUACUUUUGUUUUGGUUGUCCUUUCAACUACUUUCACGCAGGAAAAAGAAUUCAGACUGUCAAGAUGCCUGCUUCCAGGAUCACAUCUUGUUGCUUUGGAGGGAAAGACUAUUCAGAAAUGUAUGUCACUUCGGCCUACGAUGGUUUGGAUAGAGAUGCAUUAGCCAAGGAACCCCAGGCUGGGGAAAUUUUCAAGGUAAACAAUUUGAGCUUUGUAAAAUGAACCAAGCAUAACAUUCAUUCAGCAGAAUGUGAAUAAUGUAAAAUUAGUUUGUGAAAGUGCAGAAAGGCGGGUGUUGAAAUCCCCUUCUCCUGGCCCAGCAGAGUUUAUGAUAGUCAACAUGGUGUGGCUUGAAUUUUCAAAUUUUUUAGGCAUUUGUGUUGACAGUUCACUCAGAAGGAAUCGGGACUCUGUCCUUUUUUCUGUGCUCUGUCUAAUUUUCUGAAGUUGUGCACAGUUGCCUUCCUGUCUCCAGGAAUAUCUAGCAUCCUAGAUGAGCUUCUAAUAGCCACUUUGUCUGGGCUCCAAACUCCAGACUGCUCACUGCUGCUAUGACACGUACGUUUGUGCGUGCAUGCACACUAACAAGGCCUUGGCAGUUCACCUGUACCUAGCCUGAGGCCUAGGUGAACCCAGUGGAGCAGCUGACGGUCUAGCAGUUUGCCAUUGUUAUGAGAAUUAUAAGGUCUAAGAUACAAAAUAAAUAUUCAUAAAUAUACCAGGCAGACACAUAUAAAUAAAUAAAUAAAUAAGCCACAUGUCUGAAACAGUACACGAAAACAGUCCUGAAACCAUGUUGACUCUCCCAAAUUGACCUCAAAUAUUUCUCUGCAAGGAGGAAGGAAUUGGAAAAAGCUUUCUAAUUGUCUUUGGACUGUAGGGGCUUACACCUCCCUUUUCUAAUACAGUCUGGCAAGUAUUUGUUAAGCUGAGCAUACUAUCAAUAUGCGUACAAGUUCCAGGAACUGAGUAUUUACCAUCACAAAAGAAUGACCAGACUGCCCAGAAAAUGCAAUCAGUGACCAUUAUCAGGUAUCUGGCAGACAGAAUUUCUGCUGUUGAUUGCCUCCUUCUGUGAUAUAUGUAUGAUGUUUCAGGGGGGUGACCUUGAGCUACAGGGUGGGAAUUUCAAAGGUCUAUAUAAGGGCUUGCACACCAUUGUUCUGGGUUCCUCCUCCCUCCUGCAUGGGGCGGGAAGCACCCUGUUGCAACAGUUUAAUACAGAUCAGGCUUACUAGCUGCUUUGCUUCUCAAUAUUCUCUGGAUGGCCUCUGUUAUUUUUUCCUACCAAUAGGGAACCUACAUAAGGACUCUAUACGGGCUCUUGGGUAUCCCACAAGGGAAAAGGAACAGGUUUUUUUUCUUAUAACACCUUGAUUUUCCUAUUUCCUAAGAACCUCCUGCUCUAAGCAGUGACUGGUGAUUCAUAUCUGCCUGCCAAAUGUGGCACGAAUGGAUAGGCCAAGCUACGGAUCAGUUCAUGCAGUGACAGAUCAGAUGAUGAAAUCUUGUCCUGGCAAUGGACUACUCCCCAGCCGCCUCUUCCACCAGCCUGCACAAACACACAGGCACACAAACUCUCUCUUUAACCCCCAGUUUAGAAAGUCUGGGAUGUAGCCUGCAGUGACACUUACAGCACCUCCUCUAAGUGCCUUAGCUAGCAAUCUAUGACUUAUUUCUUAUUCUCUGGCAGAUAACAGGACUGGGUGUAAAAGGCAUCCCACAGAACUACUUCACUGGUUAAAUAUUCAUAUGUGCUCGAUAUUCAACCCAGCCAGAAGCCAUGGUGGACAAGAAGAGAAGCAUGAAUUUCAAACCUGUAUGCUUAUCUGAAAGCUACUUAUAUAUCCUUUAUGUACUGUAAUGUUCCAUAACUGGUUUUUUUUCCCUUCUCCAUAUGUUUGUUUUUUAUGUUUUCCCCCCAAAUAGGACAAAUGGCAGCUUAGGACUGUAUGUGAAUGUCAGGAUUUUCAGUGGUUCCCCAUCAAGCAAGGAUCAACUUCCUCUAUUAAUUCUUUGUGCAAACAGAGAGCAGUUUGUAGCGUCUGCUUGCCAAAAGGUCACAUUCGCUUUCCAGUAGCAAUUUCCAUUUUAAUUCCCUUGAUUAAUUUCAUUAGAAUUCUUAAGAGUAAAAUUGUCCUCUGCAGGCAGACCUAUGUUAAUACGAAAGAAAAUUAUUCUGAAAACUGUACAAGUCGAUCCUGUUAACCUGCUCUGGGAAGGAAGGAGGUGUUUCUGUUUUCCUACAACCGACGUUUAGAUUAAAAGUUAUUGAGUGAAUUAAAUUACAGAGCAUGGAAAUGAAUAACUAUAGAAAUGAACAAGGGUUUUGUCAGAAAGAGCAAGGGCUGUAAUUCAGCUUGUAAUUAAAAGGAUUUGCAUUUUAAACAUGAUUUGACAGUUCAGCUGUUAUUCCAAUAAACUCAUGUAAAUGUCAAGAAUAAACUAAUAUUAAUUGGCUAGUAACUGGGCAGGCCUGUGAAAAGUAGGUGGCAGAUAUAGGAGACAGUCUCAUCACAGGUGAAAGGCAAAUGGGCAUGAUACAUCAUGAGACAUGGAGUGUGUGUCAGUAAACAAGGGGAAUUAAGACUAAGAGAGCUGAGUG